CACUCACCUCUCGGUUCUAAAAUGGAAUUCACCACUGUAACAGAACAUUCCACUACGCCUGCACAUCAGCCACCGCUACAGCGAUCUGUCAUGCAUCUUGGAUCCUGGAAGAGCUGUAUCUAUUACUCCUGUCCUGCCAGCAGUAUACUCGAUGGUUACAAUGUACAUGCGCGUUACGUAGCUUUCAGCUGUUCUAUCCUAUUUCAAUACCCGUCAGAGUUCUAUAUACGUUACUUCCUGUGCGCAUAUGUGAAAGGAAGUGGUGAUAUCAGCUGUGCGCAUGAGCAAUAGGUAGCGGCUAGUUUUCUAUCCAGUAGCGUAGACAUAGAACACAUGUUCCAUGUCUAUAUCCAGUAGUAGAAGGACCGUGGUGAUAUCACCAGACCAUGUGACUGUUUGGUCACAUGUACAGAGAACUACAAGAAGCAGCAAAGCGGGAAAUCCAAAUUAAUGCAGUGGACUGAGCUGUGCUGAUCUCAUGCUGCAUAGGUGAGUUUUUGUUUUAAAGAAAACAUUGAUAUUAAUUUUACAAAACAAGUUAAUUAACAAGACAGCUUGGACAUGGAGGUUUGCAAAGCACUGUAUAGGAAUCCUUGUAAAGGAGAACACUGCAGCCAUUGCAGAGACUGAACAUGGAGAAUAUUAUGGAGACUGAAGAAGAAAGGGAUCUUUAAGAGGUCACUUUUUUAUUUCAUAGUUAUAAAGUUUUUGACAGAAAAUGAUGCAGUUCUGUUAAAACCUGUCUUUUAAAUCUUAUUUUUGUCUUUAAUUGCAAAUAUUAAUCACUGUCCUAUUAUGUUUUACAGAAUGCAUUGAUUAUAAUGUGACAUAUAGUUGUCUCUUGCCCCUCUCUCUCUCCCAACUCUCUCUUUCUUUGAUAGCAUGAUAUAUUAUCCCUUUCAUCGCCACUCGCUGUGAGUGCGUCUCUCUCCCGUCCCCUCUGUGUGAGUGGGUCUCUCUCCUGUCUGUCCCCUCUGUGUGAUUGUGUGUUGCCAUGGCAACACUCCUGACAUGCAUUACAUCUCACUGGCUCACGAGAAGAUGCUGCAGGAGGUGCAAGAUUACACUCCUGGGUCCAUUUUUCACAGGACAAAGCAUGCUGUUCUACCAGGGAAUUAAGUGUACCCCCCCACCCUGACCACAGGUGGGGGCGGGGUAAUAAAAUUAAUAUAAAUAUUUAAAAAGAUUUGCUCCCCUCACAGCCCUUAUCCAACCCAUUGGGUCUCCCUCCCCCUUCCGAUGCUCUUCCUCUACUAAGUGUCUCGAGGGGUCGAGUGUCAUGGUUCCGCAGGAUUCUGUCGGCGUAGCCGCACAGAAACACAGCGGUCACCCUGACAGAAAUAAAUACUUACCUUGCUCGUGGCAGACCACUACCCAACCUCCAUCUGUCCCGGCCCCCAGCGUGUGGUCGCUGCGGUUCCAGUUUUAAUGGGGAUAUAGCCUUUGCCCACAUUAAAGAUGGCGCUAACAUAAGUGUGUUGUCACGUUAUAGACGUACACGCACGUUUUGAGGUCAGAGGUCACGUAUAGCCUCUCAGUUCCCUGUCGUGGUUUCCCUUCGCUGGUUAUCCGAGAGUGUGUUCCUGAUCAUAUUAUUCUGGCUUUUGAAUUUGGCUUUAUUUUGACUUCCCUGAUUUCUGGCAUCCUUGACUUUUUGGUUUUCCUCAUCGUUGUCUCCUUCUAUAUCCCUGAGCUCGGUAAGUAUUUUGACUAUUCUUGGAUACGUUAAGUCCGGCCAUUCUAAGGUCCGGUUAGACGUAUUCCUUAGUCCUAGGUGUGAUACUAUUUCUGCGUGCUGGAUCAACUAGUAAUCCUGAUAUUACGACAGGGCCAUAGACCCUGCAGAAUUGUGUCAGCAUAUGGCAGCUUGCGAGAGAAAGCUAGCGGAAAGUGAUCACUGUGACGAGACCAAUCUCGCCACUGUGCAUUGGAGGAGCCUGGUUGCCUGCCUGCUGCCUUUUGACUAUGGACCGGCAUUUAAAUACUUUAUUUUCCUAUGCAGAAAGGUCUAUUCAUGUAUUUCUGCCCUGGCGUUCGAUAGAUUCUCGGAUUUACUGAAUGAACUCAUUUAACCCAGAUAGCACUGCCAUGGAGCCUAUUCGUGUAAUAAAAGACUUUGGCUCCAUGGCAAUUGAACUGUAUGUGUGUGGUCUGAGCGCCAUUCAGUAAUAAUGUGCACUCAGACAUAAGCAUCAGAGCCUCAAACGAUACAAUUGUAUGCCUUGAAGACCUAGCCAUAUUUUAGCAGAUGCUAAAAGACAGAGAAAAGAAGAAAUUACUCCAUUGACACUGAUUUAAUUUUUCUCUGUUUUAAAAGGGACUGUAUAUACCUGUUGGGGACCAGGAACCAGACAGGGACAUAACUAGAUGCACCGUUAUUAAUAAAUAGAAAGUAACGUAAUAACCAAAAGCAAAGUCCAGGAGGCAAGCAGGGGUCAGGCACCAAAGCGGGUAGUCAGACGAGCCAGGAUCAGGAGAACGGAGAGCAGCGAAGUCAGGAACAAGGCCAGAGCCAGGAACCAGGAACAAGGAGACUUCUGGGGAACAGUAAACCACGCAAGGGCAAGGAGGUACUGGGAUUUGCUGCUUAAAUAGGCUGCCUGAUUAGCAGCAGGGCUGGUUACUACUGUGAGUAACCGUGGCAACAUACUGAAGGAGCUGAUCGUUAAUCUCAGCUAAAAACUCAGACACAGAAAAAGGAAGGGGAAGAAACCCUGACAGUACCUCCCCCCUCCAUAUCUGCUGGUUGGUCCAGGCUUCAUGGGGAAGCAGGUGUGAUAGAAACGAAGGAACAUCAGAGGCUGGAACCCAGGAGCGUUCCUCUGGACCGUACCCUUUCCAGUGCACCAAGUAUUGGAUCUGUCCGCUGAACACUCGUGAGUCAAUGAUGCUGCUUAUUUCAUAUUCAUCGUGAUUAUCAACCAGGACGUGGACGUAGCACUGAGGUGGUGUAACGAUUACAUACCAAUGGUUUCAAGAGGGAAACAUGGAAUACAUUUGAGAUGCGCAUAUUAGCAGGAAGGUCAAGUGCAUGAGCUACAGGAUUAACCCUUCGAAGUAUACGAAAUGGCCCAACGUAGCGGGGUGCCAGUUUUUGUGAGGGAACACAGAGAAGUACGUUUCGGGAAGACAGCUAGACCCUCUCUCCGACCUGAUAGGUAGGCGCAGGAAGGCAUGUGCGGUCGGCCUGGAGUUUGUAGUUCUGCAUUGCGCGUUGCAAAGAGAUCUGAACAUGCACCCAAGUGGAACAGAGUUCCCUGAGAUGUUCCUCCAAUGCCGGUAUUCCCUGUGGCAUGAACGUAUCAGGCAACAUGGACGGUUGAAACCCAUAGUUCGCCAAGAAUGGGGAUAGCCGGAAAGAGGCAUUAAUCGCACUAUUGUGGGCAAACUCCGCCCAGGGUAGCAGAUCAAACCAGUUCUUCUGGUGGUCAGAAAUGUAGCAAUGCAGAAACUAUUCCAAGGCUUGGUUAGCUCGUUCCGCGGCACCAUUGGAUUGAGGGUGCUAGGCAGAGGAGAAGGGAAAACUGAAUUCCCAUUUGUGUACCAAAAGCUCUUCAAAAUCUGGAAACGAACUGGCUACCCCUAAUUGAGAUUAUUACUUUGGGUAACCCAUGCAAAUGAAAGACCUCCUGAGCAAAAAUUGUUGCAAGCUCUUGAGAACUUGGUAGUUUUUUCAAGGGGAUUCAAUGCGACAUCUUAGAAAAUCCGUCAACAACCAUGAGAACAACUGUAUUGCCAUGGGAGACUGGAAGAUCUAUGAUAAAAUCCAUGGACAAGUGAGUCCAGGGUCAUUCACCAUUAGGUAUGGUUUGCAGGAGACCCACUGGAGGGUGUCGUGGGGUUUUAUUUUGAGCGCAUACAGGACAGGCAGUUACAAAAGCGGUGACAUCCAAACGGAGACUAGGCCACCACAAUUGCAGAGAGAUGGACCAGAUUUACUGGUUUUAGCCUGGAUGUUCAGCUGCUUUGGGGUUGUGAUAUGUACUUAAUAAUUUAGUACGGAGAUGAAUAGGUACAAAACAACGGACAUUAGUUUUCUCUGGAGGAGCAUUAAUUUGUGCAGCCAGAAUCUCCUCGCUUAGGGGUGAGGUGAGGUUAGUACGGAUGGUGGCCAGUAUACGGUCCGGAGGAAUCACAGGAGUAGGGGUUAUUUCCUCUCUAGGUGUAGGAGAGAACUGUCGCGACAAGGCAUUAGCCAGAGUGUUUUUAGUACCGGGCAAAUAAGAAACCACAUAAUUGAAUCUUGCUAGGAAGAGAGCCCAUCUUGCUUGCCGGGGGGAAAGCCGUUGGCUUCGGAAAGAUGUAAGAUUUUUGUUUUAUGUGUGGAUGAGAAUUGGCACUGAAGUGCCCUCAAGGAGAUGCCUCUGUAACGGCACCCUCAGCAUAAAAGGGUUAAACCGCCGUUUAGUAGAUCUUCCCCUUCCAGAGAUACAGGCACAGCUACUGCAAAACACCAAACUCCCGAACCGCAUAUAAGGGAAUGCUCCAAACUCCCGAACUGCAUACAAAAUAACACUCCCGAAAUGGAACCUCACGAAUAGCUGCUAGCAGACGAAUAGGAAAAGCACCCAAGCAGCUUACACUCCUAGCAAUCAGUCUCUAUCAGCAUACAGUAAAUCUCCCAAGAACGAGACAAGGCUCCGUGUUGAGGGUCAAGCAGUGGUCUGUUUAAUGAGGGCUACCUGCCCGGUAUUUAUUCAGGUCUUCCACCUGGUGGACACUCCCCUAUGGGACCAGAUGGAAGACUGGGACACAAAUAGUAAAAUGACCAAUCACAGGCAUACAUGGUUAAACAUUCCCCCAGUACGUUACAAUCCCUCCCCUCUAUCCUGGAGAUAAUUGGGAAGUAAUCCAAUUAUCUCCAAGGACAGAGGCAAAACUCCAUUACCCACAUGGUUCAAAUAAAACACUAAAAUACACAACAUUAAAUUUGUCACACAAAAUAUAUACAUGUAACCUAUCCCCAGAUAGCUGGGAUCUGAGCGCACAAAAGUACCGACUAGCGCUCAGAUCCUAUGCACACAGUCCAAUCGCCGUGGAGUUAGUGUUCACAAAGUCUGUUCUCCAUACAAAUAGACUCCACGGGAUGGCUAUCUGGGGUAUUGCUGUUCAUACGGUUAAAUGACCGAAUGGACAGGCAUCCGGUUAAAUGACCGAAUGCGGAAGCAAGGAGGCUGACGGCUCAGCGGUGUUUGCGCAAAUAAGUGUCCGUUUCCAGUUCCAUAGUAUUGAACGGAUCUGGGUGAAUUUUGGAUAUGUGGUUCACCCAGAUACUUUUAUGGGGCUACUGCAUGUUUUGGGGUCCCUGUGAUAUGUUUUAUAAUACUGUAUUUCUCUGCCUGUGAUAAUUAUAUUAACCAUUGUGUUCAGUAAUCAUAUCACAGGCAGAGGGGAGGAUUUUGUGUGGGAGUGUCUGUGUGUAUUGUACGGAUUGAUUGGGUGUUUUUCAAAACCCUGUGGGCAGUACUACGUUUGUGGAUUGGGAAUAAAAGAGGCUGUAUGUGCCAGUACAGGCAGUUCUGCUUGAUCUCAAAACGAAGUGUCGUCUCGUUAUUGGGGGAAUUGGAUUGUAUGCUGAUUGCUAGGUGUGUAAGCUGAUUGUGUGCUUUUCCUGUUCAGCUGCUUGAGAGCAUUUGUAUGCUUCUCCGGUUCUGUAGUUGUGGUGUCUGCUGCAGUGCUUGGAGUCCUCAGGAAGAGCUAAAAGCAUCCUUCAACAGAGGUACCCAGUCAGGGUGCCAGGUGAUCCGUUACAGGCGCCUACUCCUGUCUCAGACGCAUCGACUUCAAGAAUGAUGCCAGUAUUGGAGCUGCAGCAAAGGCGACUUUGAGAGACUCAAAGUUAGUAAUGGCAUGCUGUGACCAAUGUUGUGGAUCAGCAUCUCUCCUGGUGAUAUCCGUGAGAGGUUUAACCAAGGAACAAAAGUUGCGUGUGAACUUCCGAUAAUAAUUGGCGAAGCCAUGAAAACGCUGUAUAGAGCAAAUACCCGUAGAUCGAGGCCACUGUAGUACAGCAGAAAAUUUCUCUGGGUCCAUAGAGAAUCCAGCAUCUGAAAUAACGUAGCCCAAGAAUGUGACCUGUUUGCAGUUAAACUCCAAUUUACAGAAAAGAUUGUCUCUGUAGAACACGAGAAACGUCUGCAUGAUGGUUCUCGAGAGAUGUGGAAUGGAUAAGUAUAUCGUUGAGAGAAACCACCACACAUUGCUGCAGCAAAUCUUGCAGGACAUCAUUUAUAAAUUCCUGGAAAACCGCUGGAGCAUUGCAAAGACCAUAAUAGGCACCAUGGAUUUGUCCUCAUAUAUCUCUGGGUCUGCAGAAAGAUCACCCAAGAUCUGCCCCUGACAGUAUCUUGGGUACGGGCAUUUUACCGGACGAAUCGGACUUUAACAGGUGACCCUGGUGUCUGCAGUAUAGGCAUAGACCCUACCUCCUCCUAAAGGCUCUCUCCUCGACAGAGCGUCAUGAGAAGCCUAACCGUCGUGGCUUCACACCAACAGAGGACUCAGGACCAGGAGGUGAGGGAGGCUUGGGUGGACAAGAAAAUCUUGAUGCCAAAUAUACAGGAGGCCUCCGCAGGCCAUUCCUGAAUGAGGAUCUCUCUCGGAGUCUGAUAUCAGUGAGGAUGACAAAGGAUAUCAGUUCCUCGAGAUCUUUAGUUAAUUAUCUGGCUGCAAUCUCAUCCUUAAUAACAUCGGAGAGCCCAUGUGAAAAGGCAGCCACGAGAGUCUCAUUGUUCCUGCCACCCUUUGCUGCCAUGGUACGGAAUUCACUGGCAUACUCGACAAUUGUUCUUGUGUCCUGUGCAUUAGACAUGAGUUGUUUGGCAGCAGAGGUGGAGCAAGCUGGAAUAUCAAAAACCCUUUUAAAGGACGCAACAAAUUCAGGGCAAUUGUAAAUAAUGCCUCCCAGAGAGGUUUUGCCCAAGCUAGGGCUUUUUCAGACAGCAAAGAAAUCAUGAACUGGACUUUGCGUCUGUCUGUAGGAAAUGCCUGGGGAAGCAUUUCAAGGUAUCCUCUAACCUGGUUUACAAAUUCUUUGCACUGAGCUGGGUUCCCCCCAAAAUACUGAGGGAGCGGGACAGAUCCAGUCAUUCCUCUAGCCACAACAGGUUUGGAGGCUACAACCGGUGUUAGAACACGAAGUGAGGCAGAGGCGGCCGCAACCGCAGGCUGGCUGGGUGCUGGAUCCAGAUGUGCAUUACGAAUCCGGAGGGUCUGGAGAGCCUGUGCACAGUGGUUCUGUUGGUCCCACCGAGUAACUAGGUUAGGUAUAGGUGUAUUGCCUGUACCUUCAGUAUUCAUGGCCCUUGCGUAAUGUUAGAGACCAGGAACCAGACAGAGACAGAACUAGAUACAAAAACACAUUUUAUUAAUAAAUAGCCAAAAUCAAAGUCCAAGAGGCAAGCAGGGGUAAGGCACCAAAGAGGGUAGUCAGACGAGCCAGGAUCAGUAGAACAGAGAGCAGCGAAGUCAUGAACAAGGCCAGAGUCAGGAACUCACAGGACAAGGAGAUUUCUGGGGAACAGUAAACAGGGCAAGAAGGUACUGGGAUUUGCUGCUUAAAUAGGCUGCCUGAUUAGCAGCAGGGCUGGUUACUACUGUGAGUAACCGUGGCAACCUACUGAAGGAGCUGAUCGUUAAUCUCAGCUAAAAACUCAGACACAGAAAAAGGAAGGGUUGCUGUUUAAAACAGCAAAGAAACCCUGACAAAUACCUUAUUCUGUUUCUGUUUUGUAUUUCCUCAGAUGUUUGCGUCCUGAGGCCGCUCUUUGAGGGGGUUAUAUCUGGUUCCUAUCCUGACAAGCAAGACUUCUUUCAGUUGAUACUGUUUUCUUUAAAAACAAAGUUCCUGCACGGAUUAUAAUUUACCACUAGUGGCCUCCCUUUCCUCUAGUUUGACCACUCACUUUAUUGCUCACCUGCCUGGACUAAAUUAGGUUCCUACAAAAGGUAACGCCUAACUCGACACUUGCAAAACCAAAAAGAAUGUAGCGCUUAAAUGGUAAAUAAAUCACCUUUGAUUUGACUUGGAAGGAGGAUUUCCCCUUGUGUGCUCAAUAUGUACAGGUAUCUACAAAAGAUAAUCUAACAUAGUGUAGGUCACAUAUAGCAAGAUAACACACUUAUUAUUACAAUCUGUAUACACUCACAAACGGAGAGCUAUAGACCUAGCUCUGGUUUGAAUCAGUUCUGGGCCCGUUUAGGCGACCCACCCCUAUUGCCGGUAUAGAACAGAUUGAGUAUACUGUGGAGGGAAUAGAACUUCUACUUAGAAACAAUUUUUUGUGGUAUAAUGAUACCUUUUUUUUUUUUUUUUCAGGCAAAUGGGAUGGCCAUGGGGACCAAAUUUGCCCCCAGCUAUGCCAACUUAUUUAUGUCAUUUUGGGAAGAAUCUUUUGUUUAUGGUGGGCAUGGCUGGUGUGACAGCUUGGUCCUCUAUGGCCGAUACAUUGAUGAUAUUUUAUUUAUAUGGAAGGGUUAAGAAAGCGAUUUGGUUAUGUAUUUAGAAUUUCUAAAUAUUAAUGAUUGGGGCAUAAAAUUAAGCAGCAUUUGGAGCAGAGAACAAGUCACUCUUUUGAAACUUGAUAUUUAUAUUGAGGAGGGAGAAAUUAGAACUAGAAAUAAUUUUUUAAAAAGUGGAUUGCAUAGCUUAAUCGAGAGUGUAAGUUGUCGUCAUUCUCCGUGGCUGGAGAACGCCCCUGUAAUUGUAGCGAUCUGACAAAUUAUGAUGAACAAUCAGCACGUAUCAAAGCAAAUUUCAUCACAAAAGGUUAUGAUACAUCUAAAUUAGAAAAUUCUAGAAUGGAGGUUAGGAGUAGGGAGAGAAAUGAUUUACUAUCUUAUAAAAAUAAAACUAGUAGGGAUACACAAAAUAUUCCCUUUAUCUGUAAUUACAAUAUGAAUCAUUAUCAAAUAAGACAGAUUAUUAAAAGGUAUUGGCCAAUUUACUGCAAGAUCCAAUCAAAUCCUCCCAGUUGAACCAAGGAUAAUUUUUUAGAGGAGCAAAAAAUCUUAAGAAUUCCUUAGUGCGUAGUUCUCUUAAAGAACAAAGUCAUACCUCAACUAUAUUUAAUAAUGAAAAAGGUUUCUAUGGCUGUGGACAGUGUGCAGCCUGUAAGAAGUCGGGAUGUACCGAAGAGUGGUUAAGGACAUAACCACUAAUAACAACAAAAAAGUUCUGAUAAAAGAAUUUACUUGCUAUACUAAAAAUUGUAGUGUAUCUUUUGACUUGUCCAUGUGGAUUAAGGUAUGUGGGUAGAACAAUUAGACCCCUACAUACCAGAAUAAGAGAACACAUUUACAAGAUCCAAACGGGUUUUGAAAAACACAGCAUUUCAAGACAUUUUAAACAAUUUCAUGAUCAAAGACCGGAGGGUUUAAAUUUUAUAGGGAUUAAUAAGGUGAACAAAAAUUGAAAAGGUAGGGCUUUCAUCAGGGACCUGGGUAAACGAGAGAUGGAAUGGAUCUAUAAGUUAAAUACACUGAUGCCCCAUGGUCUGAAUUCCGAUUUUGAGUUGUGCCAUUUUUUUAUAUAUUUUUUUUAGAAUUACAUGAAUUUGCUUCUUAUGAAGAUUUUAUAUCCUUCUGUAAAUCUUUGUCUCCCCCUAGUGGGAGAUAUGUAUUGGUGUUUCUAUGAAUAGGUUUGUUUAGCACAGUAUUUUAUGUCAUACUAAUUCUGUAUUUUAAAUUACAGGCUAAAGGUUCAAUUACCUAAUGAACCUGUGAUUUGAAGGGAACUUUAUAUUUUAUUACAUAUGAGCUGAAUAUAGAUGCGCAGUAAAAAUAAAUUUACAAGAGAAGAAUUGUUACAAAACGAGAACUGUUAUGUUCUAUUUCCAUUGUGAAUUAGAACCAGUUCACCUGGGUUUAUUGAACAAUUCUAGAUAGGGAAGUUUAUAGCAGGAAUAGAGUGCUAUUUAUAAAUUGUCAUGUUCCUAAGAAUGAUUAUCUGAUAUUUUGGUACUCAAUAGUCUAUGAUGAAUAGAGGUAAACUCUAAACAUGUUUAGAUCUAUUAGGAAAAAGAAAUAAACUUUUUAUUAGAAUCAUGUAUAUUGAGCAAAAACUAGAUAGUGUUAUCUUUGUUAAAGAACUGAUAUUGUGUUUUUUAUUUGUUCUCUAUUUUUCCUCGAUACAUUUAUGGACUAAUAUGGGCUUUUAUCGUAAUGUUGCAUGGAUACUUAAAUGGAAAAUUGAAAUAUGAACCCGUUGAAACAAAGAAACAUUUUAAAUGAGGAAACAAUUGUAUCAUAUUUGGGACAUUACGUUGGGGAAAAAACCCAUCUGAAACGAAAGGAGCCGAAAAGAAUGAUGGUGUCUACAUCCCUGGCUCCCCCUGGUAGCCGUGUGAGAGGGAGGCAUGGACCGCACACGUGGUACCUGUGGGUGGUACAGGCUUGUGAUGCAGGGAAACCAAGGACACAGAACUAUUUUACCCGGUUGAGGAAGCCACAUUAUUGGUGGCGAAUUCAUUCCGGAUUGCAUAUUGAUGCUUUUUUAUUUAUUGUUUUAUACAUUGUCACAAUAAAUUUUGAAUUUAUUUAUUUAAUAUUGAUCCUGAUUUCCAGUACUUCAACUUGCACAGAAGGGAGUGUAGUCCCAAAUCUGCACAAAGUCUAGCAAUUGAGUCAUUACUGUAUGACUCCAGGCUUGUGAGUACCCAUUUGGAUUUAUAUUUAUAAUACAUACACUUCCUACAAUACUGCGCAAUCAUUGGUGUUUUUAUCUUUGACAUAGGACAAGACCUAUACCGGCAAUAGGGGUGGGUCGCCUAAAUGGACCCAGAAGUGAUUCAUACCAGAGCUAGGUCUAUAGCUCUCAGUUUGUGAGUGUAUACAGAUUGUAAUAAGUAUAUUAUCUUGCUAAAUGUUACCUACACUAUGUUAGAUUAUCUUUUUGUAGAUACCUGUACAUAUUGAGCAUAUAAGGGGAAAUCCUCCUUCCAAUUCAAAUCAAAGGUGAUUUAUUUAUUUACUAUUUAAGCGCUACAUUCUUUUUGGUUUUGUGUUUGUUGGUGAUGUAAGGGAUCGCUUGAAUGUAUAGCAACUGAUAAAAGUUUCUUAAAAUCAGAUAUAUUGUUGUAACGGCUACCCAGGUAGUAAGAGGGUAUCAGCCGUUGGAGACGUCCUUUUCAUCCCGGCAAGUCGCUGAAUAGUAAUGGAGACUUUACUCCCAUACACUGGAUCCAAGGCAGGAGUCAGGUAGAGCUCUUAAAAGAGCUGAGUGAUUAUGCUGCAUAUUCCCUUUCAAGGUUACGUUUUGAAGGGUCAAGAAGAACUGUCUAAAACUUUUACUUGGGACUAGCCCAUAUGCUCAUUACAUUAACAUUGAUGUGAAAACUCAAUAAAAUCACAAACAGUCAAACCAUAGCAGACAACACACAGUGAUUUAUUACAACACAAUGGCACAUUUUUAAAGGGGUUGGGGAGACAAUAUUUAACAGAAAAGAUCUCACAUGUCUGCAGAAUUAGCAAUAUGCAAAUCUACCCGAAUAUGCAAAUGAACCAGUCUUGCUAUUCAGGUAGUGCAUAUUGCUGUUAAUACCAACAGAGGGCACUAGACAAGCUCCAUAGCCAAACCCACCUAGUUGGUAGCAAACCUCAGCAGUACAGGAGAGCAGGCAAUACAUUACACAGUACACACACACACUAUAAACAAUUACAUUACACACACCCUGCACCUAUGGGUACAGGGUGACUAAAACAUAAGAGAAAUAAAACAACCUACAUAAAUAGUCUGUCUGAAGGUAGAAUAGGGGCUUUAAAUCCAAAUACAUCAAAGAGUCAUAGUUACAGGGGAGGAGGCUGGUAAGCAGGCCUCUCCAGGACCAAGUGGCGAAGGGCACUUCGUCACAUAUCUCCCCUUCGGGGGGAAGACUAACCAGGCACCUGACUUUCUGUCAGUCAGUGCCUAAGUUAGUCGAUUCACCCACCGACCAUAAGCAAGUGCCAGAGUAGCCCACCCACAACAAACCGUUAUUAGAGAAGCCCACCCACAGCAAACAGUGACUGCACCUGGGUAUUCCUCUGGGGUGAUGGGGCAGCACGCUGUGGGGACUUGAGGGGCAGAGGCCAGCGGCGCUCUGCCCUGAUGCCAGCUCUUCCGCUGGUAUAGCCUGCAGGACAUCAUGCUCUGGAAAAGGGGCAAAGGGAGGGAGGCCAACUGCACUCUGCCUAGCUGCCAGCUCUUCUGCUGGGGUGCUUGGGACAUAGUCCGGCUCAGUAGCCAGGGGGACAUGUGGGUCAGUGGGGGUUAACAUCUCCUCUGUUAACGCUGGGGCCAAGUUAGGAGUUAGCUGGGGAGGGAGGAAUUGGCUUACCUCCUCCUCCUGAUACUCCUGCGAUAGUAGCUGGGGAUCUGGACAGGCUGUCCAGCAUCCCUGUGGGUCAGGCACAGAGACCACGGUCCCAUCUGCGCCAUCUAGAAGAUUGGUUUCUCCCCUUGGUAGGGUAAACUGCCGCUUGGGAGAGUAGGGGCUGUGCUCCUCUUCCUGAAACACAUACUGCCGCUGGAGAGAGAGACCGACUGUCUCCACUCCCGUAACAUUGUCCUGCUGCUGGGGAGAGAGACCAACUUUCUCUGCCCCCUGUAGGACACACUGCUGCUGGGGGGGAAUGACGACACCUUUGGCUCCCUGUAACUCACACUGCCGCUGGGGAGGAAGGACGACACCUUCGGCUCCCUGGGACUCGCACUGCCGCUGGAGAGGAAGGGCGGCACCUUCAGCUCCCUGGAACUCACUGAACUGCUGGGGAGAGGGACCAACUCCCUGGGAUACAUACUGCCGCUGGGGAUCUGGGCCGACUGCCCAGCAUCCCUGUAGGGCCUGUAGAGAGACCUCGGUCCCAUCUCCACCUGCCAGCUGGGUGUCUUCCCAGGACAAGUCAAUAAGGUCUUCCAUCUCUGGGGCUUGUUGGGACAUAUGUGGUACAGUACCAAUGUCCCCUGAUAACAGGCUUGGUUGCUGGGGAGGAGGAACUAAACUCAAUGCUUCCGGUGGUAUACAGUCAAUAAGCCCCAUCAUGUCAGAGACAGGCGGUGUUAUACAUUGGAAUAGGCAAACGUAAUCCUGUUCUAGUUCCCACUCUCGGUUGGCAAGAAAAGAUAGAUCUGGCUGAAUGGCAUCGAUCUCUGUAAGGUCCCACCAUCAGACACCGACAAAGCUUUCAUCUACCGCAUGUGCUCAAAUCUGUUCCAUAUACUCAAUUUCUUAGUUCUCCAUAACAACUCAAGUUCAACCAAAGCUGAAGAUCAACUACAUGAAAUGUAUAAUCACUUCCUGUAUAGAGGCUACUCCUCAUCUUUGUUAAAUACACAAUUAUCUAAAGCAAAAGAAAAUGCAAAACAACUUCAUCAGACCUCAUUAUUAAAAAUUAAAAUAUCUCAAAACUACCAUAUAAUACUCAGUACACAACGGCAUCUGAGUUUAUAUCUAAAUCAGUUAAAACACAUUGGAACAUCUUAUCAAGUGAUAAGACUUUACCUAAUGAUUUCAAACAACAUCCCAUGUUCAGUUUCAACAGAGGUCACAACAUCAGAGAUUUGUCUAUAUCCGCAGACCCGAAACAGUUACAAAAAAACCUGUUUACACAUAGAACCCUUAAAUCUAUAGCCAAUGACCCGAUAUUCAUAAAACUCCUCUCUGUGUGGUGGAGUCACUAAGAAAUAUAUUGGGUAGAUAACCAUGCUAAGCUACAUUUUAAAAUGGAGACAUUUAAUUUUACUAUCAAUUUUUAUAUUAGGAUUUAUUAUCCUGUCCCUCUAACAUAUCUUCUUCCCUUUAAAUAAGUCUAGCCUCCCUAUAUCAUAAUAGCCCUUUGUCCAUUUUUACCAUGGCAUAAAGGCAACUUCACUUUAUUUCAUGGAUUAUUCCUAUUUCUAGGAAUGUCUUUUUCACUUUUCACCAUUACACCUGUCCGGAACUAUUUUACAACAAUUGUGUUGUUGAUAGGUCCCAUGUACGGAUGCACCGUUUUGGGAGGGAUUAGACAGUUACUCGCUUCCUGCAGCCACUUGGGUUCCAGAUUUCAUCUUUCAUGUUGAUGGGAUACACACAGAUGGAGUAAGUAUAUUAAGUAAUCGCAUGCAUUUGGUAUAGAAGUGAUAUUGCAAUGAUUGUAAUUUGUCUUGAGAAAGGACCACGAGUGUGUCUGAAACGUUGACGCUGCACAAUUAAACUUUUUCGGCAAAGCCAGUAAAGAAGUUGUUGAGAAUGUGCAUCAAAAUGAUUAGCAACUAGCACAAUCCGAUGUGAGGAUACAACUGUAUAUACUGUUAUAGUUAUACCGGACACUAAGUUGGGGUAUUCCCUUUUUUUUUUUUUUUUUAAAGCCUCAGUCGCAUUGUUAUGGGUAUUAAUUUGUUACAUUUCAUUUAAUAAACCAUUUAGUAAAAAAGCCUUACUAGGUUGUAUUAACUGAACAAGAAAUUUGAAGAUGAGCUACAAAUUUCAGAAGAAAUUAGCUGUUAAAAGAACAGAUUUAUAGAAUUGCAUAUCAGCUGGUUUUGCCUGUAUUUCACUUUAAUUUUCAAUUCAGUGGCACAUGAAUACACCUUAGAGUGUCUGAAGAUACUUGUUUGUAAAGAAAGUAUACAACAAUAAUUUAGAGUGUAGCGUUGGUACGCUACCAACACCCUUAACAAAUGAACUUGUAAUACUGUUGCUAACAUUGUUGUUUAGUAAUAGCAAGUGGCUGGGAAAUUAUGAAUAUAGUACCACUACCCAUUUUUUUUUUUCUUUAAUACUUAUCUCUUUAAACUUGUGUACAAAUACUUAGAGUUUAAUAGCCAUGACACUGUAAUUACAUUUUCAGUGUUUUUUGAGUAAUAUUAAUUGGUAUAAGCAUGCUUCACUUGGGUUUUUUAUUUUUUUAUUUUAUCUAUUCUGUAAAUGAGCAGUUAUAUUGAGGAAAUUAAUUUGAUCCUAAAUAACAUUUUAAUGUUGUAAUAAUCUUUUUUACAUUUCCUUAUACUUAGGUAUCACCAUGGAAGUACCUGAUAACAAUUUGGUUCACCUUAAUGAAUGGCAGAACAAUGUGUUUUCUUUGACCACUGGUACCUGUUCAUCAAGACAGAAGGCAGAUUUGUAUCGUGCGCAUAUUGAAAAGAUUCAGUAUGCCUGGGCAAAUUCUGAGAUCUCUGAGGCAUCAGCUAUCAACCUGUUUAAGAAGUAUACUGAAAAGUGUUCUGCAAUUAUCGACUCAGACAAGGUAGAAACUGGCCUCAAUAACUAUGCAGGUAGUGUUUUACCUCUAUCAAGAUGUCAGCGAAAUGAUAGUGACAAAUGGCAGUCUUCACUAAAUACCAAAAACAUUUUUAAAUUUAAGAGUAUACAGGACAUGACUGAGUCUGCAAGAAAACUCCAGGAUUCUUUGCUGACUUUAGCAGAUUCCUCAAUUAAGUUUAAUAAUGGGGUCAGUAACUCUGGAAAUUCAGUGGUUUUAAGUAGUAACGUCUUAAACUGCUCUGGGCGAACAGAACCACAAGCUGCCUUAUUAAAAUAUCAGAUUCCAGAGGGUAACUUUGUUCAGAACACUAAAUUAAGUUUUAUAAAAGAGACAAAUUAUACUGCUUUAAAUGCCAUGGAAACCAGCAAGCGCAGUAUCACAACUCCACUAUUUGGGAACAAUAAAACAGCAAUUUCUUCAAAGUUAUCUCCUCACUUUGGUUCAGAUUUUGCAUCUUCUAACAUGUCUGUUGGACAUUUAAAUUCUGGAAAAAGAAAAGUAUUUAAUUUUUCAGGGGAUGAACAAGUGGAUACACAAUACUUAAAUAUAGCACCAAAACAACCAGUAGAUGGACAAGGAGACAUAAAUCACAUUCUGACAGAUGAAAGUGGAUUUAAAACUGCUAAGGAACAGUUUUGGGUUGAUCAGCAGAAAAAACAUGCCCAGCCUCAGCGUAAUGCAGGUACUAGUGUGUACUGCAGUGGGAAAAGGUCUUUGGGAGCUGCCCGCGCUCGUGGACCUCAUGGAAAAUUUGUUCUUCCUAUUCAAAAAGAUAGUGGGGAUGAGAACCAAGCUAUAAAAAGGAAAGCAUAUGGCUCAAGUAAUAGUAACUUGAAUGUACCUUCGGAUGAGCGCUUAAAAAACAUAGAGCCAAAGAUGAUUGAAUUGAUAAUGAGUGAAAUUAUGGAUCAUGGUCCUCCUCUGUGCUGGGAUGAUAUUGCUGGGCUCGAGUUUGCAAAAAAUACUAUAAAGGAAAUAGUUGUGUGGCCAAUGUUAAGACCUGACAUAUUCACUGGUCUCAGAGGUCCACCUAAAGGAAUCCUCCUUUUUGGUCCUCCAGGGACGGGAAAAACUCUAAUAGGAAAAUGCAUUGCUUGUCAAUCAGGAGCCACAUUUUUUAGUAUAAGUGCAUCAUCACUGACUUCUAAGUGGGUAGGUGAAGGAGAAAAAAUGGUCCGUGCUCUUUUUACAGUGGCAAGAUGCAAUCAGCCUGCUGUGAUAUUCAUAGAUGAAAUUGACUCUCUUUUAUCUCAGCGUGGAGACGGAGAACAUGAGUCUUCACGACGAAUUAAAACUGAGUUUUUGGUGCAACUAGAUGGUGCAACUACAUCUUCAGAAGACCGUAUCCUUGUAGUGGGAGCUACUAACCGGCCUCAAGAAAUAGAUGAAGCAGCUCGAAGAAGACUUGUUAAAAGACUUUAUAUUCCUUUACCAGAAGAUUCUGCUAGAAAGCAAAUCGUUGUCAGUUUAAUGUCACAGGAACGUAAUAGCCUCACAGAUCAAGAGGUGGAUGCUAUAGUUUCACAAUCUGAUGGCUUCUCUGGUGCUGAUAUGACACAGCUUUGUCGAGAAGCAGCUCUUGGUCCUAUACGUAGCAUUCAAAUUAAGGAUAUUUCAACAAUCACUUCAGAGCAAGUCCGCCCUAUUGUAUAUAUUGAUUUCCAAAAUGCUUUACAGACAGUGCGCCCUAGUGUCUCACAAAAUGAUUUAGAGUUGUAUAAGAAUUGGAACAAAACUUUUGGUUGUGGCAAGUAAAAUUAUUUGGAUUGAAUUUAACCAAGUACUCCAAAAGUUCGUAC